UAGGAGCGAAGCAGAAUAGUUCUAUGUUAAAAUUGGGUUUAAACUUAUCAAGAUAGUGAAUCUCAAUGUCUAUAGAUAGAAAAGAAGCAUUGCUCAGGUUAAUUCGAACAUACCGUGACAAUCCGGUGCUGUGGGAUAAGGCAGCAAAAGACGGGGACGUAAAUAAUAGCCGGCGGGCCAAAAAAGAAGCAUGGAGAAAACUUGCGUCCAUACUGAAGGAGACCGAUCCAAACGCGGAUAUACAGAGCGCAAAAUAUAAAAUAAAAUCAUUGCGGGAGAACAUGAGAAGAGCCCGAAAUCGGAUACGGAAAAAAGUAAACGGAAAGUCCGUAGGCAUUCCUAAACUUUGGUAUUACUACGAAUUGGAAUUCAUACUUCAACACGAGGACAUGGAUAUGGCUGUGAAUGAUGAGGAUACGGAUGUGGCUUCUAGCGAAGAAGACUCUGAUGAUACUGAUAGUAGUAUAACCGAGCCAGUAUUGAUACCAUCGAGCGAUAUGUCAACUAUACCACCGUUGAUUGUUACAAUUCCUGAUCAUGAUUACGCUCGGAAGCUGGCAGGAGAUCUGGAGCGACUCGAUGGGUUACAGUAUCUCCUGGCGGAAAAACUAAUUAGCGAUGUAGUUUUCGCUGCAGAAAUGAGGCAUCUUAGCGUCAAAGACGUGACGCGAAUUCGACAAAUAUUAAAGAAAAAGUAAAUACGCUACUUAUGCCAUUGUUAUCUGUAAAUUACCUUUCAAUAAGGAAUUAUGUAAAUAAUAAAAUUAGGGCAGAUCCAUAACACUGGUUGUUAUCUGUGGAAAUAAGCUCAAUGUUUGCAUGUACACAAACAAUAAACGUCUUAUUCUUUUCCUUGUU